AUGAAAGUCCCCAAACCCUUAACCAUCGUCAUAAAACUCGGCACGAGUUCCAUCGUGGACGAAAAGAGCCACGAGCCGCUGCUUUCCAUCUUGACGCUGAUUGUCGAGACGGCGGUGAGGUUGCAUAAAGAUGGCCACAAGGUUAUCAUCGUGUCAUCGGGAGCUAUUGGAGUUGGCCUGAGGCGGAUGAAUCUGGAGAAGCGACCGAAACAUCUCCCGAGAAUACAGGCACUGGCAGCUAUCGGACAAUGCCGACUCAUCAGUCUCUGGGACAGCCUGUUCGGCCACCUACGCCAACCCAUCGCCCAGAUCCUGCUCACGAGAAAUGAUAUUGCCGACCGUACCCAAUACCUCAACGCCCAGAACACAUUCGCCGAGCUUCUCGAGAUGGGCGUGAUUCCCAUCGUCAAUGAGAACGACACCAUCGCCGUGACCGAGAUCAAGUUCGGCGACAACGAUACUCUGUCCGCCAUUACCGCUGCCAUGGUGCGCGCCGACUACCUGUUCCUCAUGACAGACGUUGAUUGCCUGUACGACAAGAACCCGAGGACGAACCCGGAUGCGCGGGCCAUCGAGGUGGUGGAGGAUAUAGGGGCGUUGCAAGCUGAUGUCUCCAGUGCAGGCUCAGCCCUAGGCACAGGUGGCAUGACGACCAAAAUCGUCGCCGCUCGCCUGGCCACCUCCGCCGGCGUGACAACCAUCAUAACCCGCUCCUCCAACCCAGGCAACAUCCCCAGCAUAGUAUCCCACAUUCAAUCCCUCAAGACGCCCCUACUCACCACCUCCCUCUCCAACACCUCCCUCUCGCAGCUCGAUGAACCCCUCUCCCGCUCAACCGCCUCUCGGUCUGGAUCUCCUGCAUCGCGAGAGAUCAGGACGGGGGCACCCCUCCACACCCGCUUCGUCCCCUCCGCCCAGCCCAUCCGCGACCGCUACUUCUGGCUCCUGCACGGCCUCGCCCCGCACGGCACCCUCUACAUCGAUGCCGGCGCGCACCGCGCCCUCUGCAACAAAGCCGGCCUCCUCCCCGUCGGCGUCGUCGACGUCGACGGCGCCUUCGCCCAGCAGGAAGCCGUGCGUCUCGUCGUCGUCGAGCGCCUCCCUACCACCACCACCACCACCACCUCGGACCCGAACCCCAACCCCUCCCACGCUCCCGGGGCGAGGCUGUGGAGCGGUCCGGGGAUCGAAGUCGGCCGCGCCCUGGUCAACUACAGCGCCGCCGAGAUCGCCCGCAUCAAGGGCGUUCGCAGCUCCGAGAUUGAGGGCUUGCUGGGGUAUGCGGAGAGCGAGUACGUCGCGCUGAGGGAGAACAUUAGUUUCUUCGUGCAGGAGAGCCGGCCUGCGACGCCGAGUGUAGAGAAUCAGGUGAGAUAG